UAAUCUUACGUCUGGCAGCGGGAAGGUUGACAUGGUCACACGUUUCAUCACACUACAAAAUAAUGUAACAAUAAGUUCUGUAAUCUUAUCAUGCGUGCUUGUCGCAGCUUGUCAGUGCUGAGGCGUACUGCCCUGUGCUUCUUGUGCCUGUACCGGCCUGUAAGUGUGCCUGUGGUGCUUCUACACUACACACCUGAAGGAACAGAGUUCACCACUUGAUGCUUGGACGCCUGCCAUUCCUAACGUGGCACUCAGGGAAAGCCUUUGUGAGGUGCCUGCAGCCCGUGCUACCUCUUACUCCCCUCACUAAACAGUGCCUCAUAACCCGGCCUUGCUUCUCUCCUUCCCUAAGAGAGUACCGUUCCUGCAGCCAGCCUCUCCUUGCAUCCAGGAACCUCAGGGGUGUGGGAGUAAUUUAUUGUGGUGUGUGGCGCCCCUCAGUGGUGUCAGCAGCAGUCAUGGCUACGUAUCCAUUUUGCGCUGAUUAUGACAAGCGGGGCAUGGCAAAGUGUAAAUUAUGCAAGGAGAAAUGUGAGAAAGGAACACUACGUCUGGGGAAGGUCGCUGCCAACCCCUUCUCUUCUGGGGACACAAUGAAGCUCUGGUACCACACUGACUGCCUGUUUGAGAGCUUCAAGCGAGCACGAGCCACCACCAAGAAAAUUGAGGACCCAGAGGAGGACUUAGAGAACUGGGCUGAUGUGGAGGAUGAGGACAGGAAGAAAAUACUGGGGCUGGUGGAAGAGCUGCAGGACGUCCUCGACAAGAAGGCCGCCACCACGCCAAAGAAGCAGACCCCUAAGAAAAAGGCCGACACAGCACCACCACAGCCUGCCAUCAGCGCUAAGGAGGUGCGGCCAGACCCCCCCACAGACCGCAACCACAAGGACAACUCUUUCAGGGAGUUCCGUCGCCUGUGUGCCGCCAUUGCAGAUGAACCAAGCUACCUCAGCAAGACCCAGCUUGUGUCUGACUUCCUCUCCCGUGGCAGUGGGAAAGACGGCUUCAAGGGUGACCUGCGCCUGUGGGUGAAGCUGCUGUUACCUGGCGUGGUGAAGCGUGUCUACAACCUGCAGUCCAAGCAACUCCUCAAGCUGUACUCCCAGAUCUUCAACACCAACCUGGAGGAGAUGAUGGAGGACCUUGAGCAGGGUGACGUGGCCGAGACAGUGUGCAAGUUCUUUGAGGAGUCACGGCAGCUCCCCCCAGUGAAGAAGAGUAACCUGUCCCUGCAGGAUGUGGACGAGGCACUGCAGGAACUGAGUGGCAAGACCAGGGAAGAGGACCAGACCAUUACACUGAGGGCCAUUGCAAAGAAGUCGACUGCGAAUGACCUGAAGAUGGUGGUGAGGCUUAUCAAAGGGGACCUGAGGAUCAAUGCUGGAGCCAAACACAUACUGGAUGGCGUGCACAGUGAUGCCUACGAAGCCUUCCAGACAACACGUAACAUUGAUUCUGUGCUGGACAAGAUAAUAUCAGGCAACACGGAAUCACUUAAGAUGUCGGCUGAACUCCUCACCCCUGUGCUGCCCAUGCUGGCAGAGGCGUGCAAGUCGGUGGAGUAUGCAUUCAAGAAGUGCCCGAGUGGGGUGAUGUAUGCCGAGGUGAAGUACGAUGGGGAGAGGGUGCAACUACACAAGCAGGGCACCAACUUCAAGUACUUCUCCCGCUCCCUCAAGCCUGUCAUGCCCCAUAAGGUGGACCACUUCAAGGAGUACAUCCCCCAAGCGUUUCCCGGCGCCAGCAACCUGAUUCUGGAUGCUGAGGUGCUCAUGAUCUGCACCAAGACUGGCAACCCACUCCCUUUUGGCACACUGGGCAUACACAAGAAAGCAGCGUUCCAAGAUGCCUGUCCUUGUCUGUUUGUAUUUGACUGCCUACACUACAAUGGUGAAGAUCUUAUGAACAAGCCCAUUGUUGAAAGGCGUGGUGUGCUGGAGAAGACAAUGAAAGAGGUUGAGAAUAGAGUCAUGUUCUCAGAGAUGGUCAAGAUAAAGAGACCUGAGGACCUAAGAGACAUGAUUGCCAGAGUCCUCAAGCAGGGGCUGGAGGGACUUGUGCUCAAGGAUAUACAGAGUAUUUAUGAGCCAGGGAAGCGUCACUGGCUCAAGGUGAAGAAGGACUACCUCAAUGAUGGGGCCAUGGCUGACACUGCUGACCUGGUGGUGCUGGGGGCUUGGUAUGGCACAGGAAAGAAGGGUGGCAUGAUGUCGGUCUUCCUAAUGGGGUGUUAUGACCAUCGCAUCAACAAAUGGUGUACAGUCACAAAGGUCCACACAGGACAUGACGACUCAGCACUGGAGAGGCUGCAGAAGGAGCUGGACAUGGUGAAGAUAAGCCAGGACCUCGCCAGAGUCCCACAGUGGCUCAAGGUGAACAGAGGCCUGGUUCCAGACUUUGUGGCAGCCGACCCCAAGAGGUCACCUGUGUGGGAGAUCACUGGGGCAGAGUUCACCAAGCACCAGAUCCACACGGCUGAUGGUAUAUCCAUCCGCUUCCCCAGGGUGACGAGGGAGAGAGAUGACAAGGACUGGGAAAGUGCCACCAGCCUGUCCCAGCUCAAGGACCUGUACCAAGCUUCCAAGGAGUGUCUCAACCUGGACGGCCUCACUGGGGGCGAUGACGAGGACUCUGGGGUGGGUGUGGGAAGCGCUGUGUCCAAAACACCUUCACCAUCAUCUUCAGCCUCACCAUCCCCUGCAAAGAAGAACGAGGAAGACAAGAAGGUGAGGAAAAACAAGACAGAGAGGAAAGAAGACUCAGGGAAGAAGAGGAAGAGAGAGGAAGGCGAUGAUAGAGGCAGCACACAUGAUAAUAAAAAGAAGGUAAGCCAAAGUAAUGCAGUGCAGAGGACGCUGUUCCAGAACCCAUCCCCCUCCUCCUCCACCAGUACAAAGGGAAUGAACACUCCCCUCAAAGCCCCGACGUGUAAUCCUCUGCCUGACUUUCUCGCGGGGGUCUUGGUGGUCCUACCCGAUGACAUCAAGGAGCGGGCACUCCUCAGGCGCUACAUCAUGGCGUAUGGAGGAGAGGUGCUGCCUGACUACCGCGCUGACCAGGCAACGCACGUCAUUGCAUCCAAACAGGACUCAGACACACACAAGGGAGCAGGUGUGAGGGUGCGUGAGGCCUGGGCUUGGGACAGUGUUAAGCUCCAGAGACUUAUGCCAGCCCAGCUUUAUCAAGUUUGAGAGGAAUAAAGGAGGGGGGAGGGAGGCUAAAGUAAGGUAUAUAAUCUCUUCUCAAUGCCUCCUCUCGACUACUUUUGACAGGCUCUACUGGAAGUUACUAAGGUUUUCAAGGGUGUUUUCAUGAUUUUUAUAAUGGUUUAACAAAGAUUUCACACUCUUAACAGGCUGUGAUGGAAGUUAUAGUUUUUCAGGAUGUUUUCAUGAUUCUAAUGAUAAUUUAACGAGAUCUUCAUCACUAGUUGGGGAAACACCAUUGAAAAACCUAAUUAUCUUUGUAGCCUUUGAAAGUAGUCUUGGUGAAAGAACAAAGCAUUUAACAAUACAAAAUUAAUGUUUUGCCAAAUAUCACAUUCAUACAUCUUUUCCCCCUCAUUGGUUCUCCUGGAUCUAUUUCUCCUCACUAAGUCUUCCUCUGUACCUCUCCCCAAAAUCAGUAUUUUCAUUGCUUCACCAAUUCAUAAGCUCAUAUUCACACAUUCAUGUGACCACGGAAGACUCCCUAAACACCACCAGAUAAGACCAGGUCCAUUUUAUACAGUAUUUAUAUUGCAACAUUAGCACUGGUUUGAGUUAUCACUGCAAAUUUAGUGUUAAGUAUAAAUAUGACUUGGAGAUUUUUUUCUUCUCCCAUGUGUGUGUGUGUGUGUGUGGGUGCGUGACUGUCCCACAUGUGUUUUCAUACCCACAUGUGCAAGUCAUUUCACAUGUGGCAGUGUGACUUCACUUGACAGAUGCAUGAUAGGUAAUCACAGUUUUUCUAAGAGAGAGAGAGAGAGAGAGAGAGAGAGAGAGAGAGAGGGUGGGUUGGGUAUUGGAGCACGAUGUAUUAUAUUUCUAAGGGACCCGCAUUCCUGCAACCUAAUGAUAAAACUGCCUUAACAAUGUUUGAUGAUGUAUGUGUGUUUGUAUGAUAUUUAAAGUUUGCGAAUUGUGA